AUGCCUUACUCGGAUAAUCUAUACAGAGCAAUUGAUGAUUCGGGGAACAAUCGGGACGGAGAAGACAGUGAUGAGCUUAGCCCAAUCGAUGGCUAUUUCAAUUCAAAUCAAAUACCUCAAGAUAUGAUACCAGAUCCCACACUCUCACAAGAGGAUAAUUUAAAAGCGCGGAAGGCUAGGGAGGAGUCUCCGAGAGAUGGUGAGAUUUCUUCAACCCGGCAGAUGUCGUCGUACAUCAAUUUGUCAGCUCAUGCAACUGAGAAUUCUCGAACCUCUUUACAUUCGUUUCCUGCAUCGUCACACCGUAGGAGAGACGAAUCAUUCUCUCAACAUCAACCCUUCUUCGAUCAACCUCCGCCGGCUUAUAUAGCCUCUGCAGAAUCUUCUCCUGUCUCGGUACAAGGACAGCACACUCACACGAACUACAAUACAUUCUCACAACAUCGACUUGAAGAAGGCCGGUCAAGAGAACCUCAGAGUAUGGGAAGGCCAGGCGGUAAUCCUGAAAUGAAUGGGAGAACUCCCCUCUGGCUAUACCGGACACCAAAAAAGAUUCCCUUUCAAAAAAAGAUAAUAACCAAAGUUCUUGGAGUCGGUCUGGUUCUUACGAUCGUUGCUGCUUUUUUGAGUACAGUCUUUAUUCCUAAUCCCAAUAUGGGAGGAGGAUCUAGAUUUUCAAGCCCCAUUCAUAAUGGUGGCCCCUACUGUCAACAUAUAUCCAAAUCGGAACAAACCACGUUUGAGAUUCCAAAUGUCGCUGGAAUAAAAGUACUACAAGACUUCUACAAACAAGAUUUACCGCAUGACGGGCGAGAAUUGAAUCAUGUCACAACUGCAGGCGAAGUUCGAAUUCGAAAUCUUCCAAGCAGUUCAAAGAAAGGAAAAGCACAUUUCACGGUUGACGUCAAACUUAGCGAUCCAGAAUAUUCUGUGGUAAAGACCUGGAAUGAGGAUGAUGGGACACUGAAGAUCAGUACGCCACGGUUUGCACCUCCAGGUACCAGUGAAAAUCCUUGUAUCUCAAUUGAGGUUACUGCUUGGGUGCCAGAAGAUGUCGAGAUUCCAAAUGUGUUUUUUGACUUGGUAACACUAUCGAUUCGAUUAUUCCUUGAGACCAAUAUCAAGGUUGCCGGCGACACUGUACUGAAAACAGUGUCAGGGGAUGUUCAUUUUCCAAAACAUUCCCAUCUGUCUACCGGUUAUACUCCCAUCACUGCAGCCGAGUUUCAAUCACAAAGAAACUUCGAAUUCGAUUCUCGCAGUAUCAUUGUUGAAACUGUCUCGGGCAGAAUCGAGGGUACUUAUCCCCUCUAUGACCUACUAAGACUAUCAUCCCAAUCUGGAACGAUCGGGGUCGACAUAUACCCUAAACCUGUCCUCAGAUUGGCACCUGCUCCCGCUACUCUUGAUAUCCAUACCUCUUCAGGUAGAAUCGAAGUACAAUCACCCGUUAAGAUACCACAAGCCAUCUUUCCUCGAGAAUAUAUCACACGUGUAGAAUCUAUUUCUGGGGCUAUCCAAGGUGACUUCUUCGUUGGCUCUACGGGGAUUUUCAAAACAAGCUCUAGUAGGAUUCAACUUGUGGUGAAACCGGUCUUACCGACAACUUCUGAUAAUGAUGAUGAUGAUGAUGAUGAUGAUGAUGAUGAUGUGAAGAUAGAUGAAUUUUCUACUUAUUCAAUCAGUGGAAGUACACAUGUUACAUUACUUGAUCCUCUAUUUAUUUUACCUUCCGCCAUUGAUUACACUCACGAGAAUCCAAUUGACCACUACUCCACACCCUCUUCUGGUCUCACCACCCUGUCCAGUACAUCUCCCAUCCAACCCUACAAAAGCCUCCUCCACACCUUCCACUCUACCCACAAAACAACCUCCGGUCGAAUAGAGGCAUACUAUCCCUCAUCUUGGAUCGGCAAUAUCCUAGCAAAAACCAUCUCCGGAAGAAUAGAAAUGGAAGGAAAGGGAAUACAGAUUGUGGAGAGGAAUGAUAGUUGGGGUUUCAAGAGGAUUAAAGCGAGGAAGGGAGUGGAUAGGGAUGAGGAUGGGGGUAGUGUGGUGUUGGAGACGGUAAAUGGGGCGAUUGCACUUAGGAUUGCUGAGGGGUUGUGA